AUGAAUGAUAGCUAUGAUAGUUUAUUUAAAAUAUUGUUAAUUGGAGAUAGUGGUGUUGGUAAAUCAUGUUUGCUCCUUCGUUUUGCUGAUGAUACGUAUACAGACAGUUAUAUAAGUACUAUAGGAGUAGACUUUAAAAUAAAAACAAUAGAAAUAGAAGAUAAAAUAAUAAAAUUACAAAUAUGGGAUACAGCUGGGCAAGAAAGGUUUAGAACAAUAACAUCUUCAUAUUAUAGAGGAGCUCAAGGUAUUAUUAUUGUUUAUGACGUAACGGAUAGAGACAGUUUUAAUAACGUUAAGAACUGGAUUAUAGAAAUUGAAAAAUAUGCAUCUGAAGAUGUCCAGAAGAUAUUAAUAGGAAACAAAAUCGAUUUAAAGAAUGAUAGAAAUGUAAGUUAUGAGGAAGGUAAAGAAUUGGCUGACAGUUGUAAUAUUCAAUUUUUAGAAACAUCAGCAAAAAUUGCUCAUAAUGUUGAACAAGCAUUUAAAACGAUGGCCUAUGAAAUAAAAAAUAAAUCACAACAUGAAACUAUAAAUAAAGGAAAAACAAAUAUUAAUUUAAAUGCAAGACCAAUAAAGGAUACAAAAAAGAAAUGUUGUUAA